AUGGAGCGAAACACCAUUCCUGCGUCGCCAGAGGGUCUCGGCAAGUCUCGGCGAACAUUACCUCCCCUCGCACGCAUUCGAUUCAAUAAAGAGGAGGCACUCAAGAACCCUGAACAAAAGUCCCCAGAUGAGUUCUCGAAACCACCAACACAACUAAGCCACUACGAACGACUGCGAUUGCCCGGCGGCCCCGGAUCUGGCACUCCUUUGCUUCCAACUCCAAACGCGCUAGAUACCUGGGCUUCUCUACAGAGACACACAGAGAAUUGCAUGAAAUUUCUCACGCCUGAAAUGUCUUCAACUCCGGGCAGGGAGAGAAAGUCCUUCCAACCCAGACUUCAGGCUCCUCCAGGAAGCGAAGAUGGAAGCGAAGUUGAUCCCCAAAACCCUUACCCUCCGAAAGGAAACGCGUUGGUGCGGAAUCCCUUCACUGGAAAACUCGAGAGGAGAGAAGGACUCGAAACUAGAUACCAAUCUCAAAAGGAAGCGUGGGAGAAGAAACAGCGCGAGAAGAUGCAAGAGCUAGAAGCAAGAGCCCCGACAGAGCGCGAAACUCCUAAUCUUGCGGACAAUGACAAAGACACCAACGGCAAUACAACUGAAGCUGGAAAUGCCAAUGUCCUCGAGCAUACCACCGGUAUCCAAAAGAAGGAAGACGACUCUCCGAGCCACGACGCACCAAAUGAUGCCGAUCUCAAACCUGUCAUGACCACUGAGCAUGUAGGAAAUCCCAACGUCCAGAUACAGGUCCAUGGUGAUGGUGAUGUCCCUAAAGCUGGAAAUGCCAAUGUCCUCGAGCAAAUCGCUGGUCUCCAAGAAAAAGAAGACGACUCUUCGAGCCACGACGAAGCAAAUAAUGCCGAUCUCAAACCUAUCAUGACCACUGAGCGUAUCGGAUAUCCCAGCGUUCAGAUCCAGGCCCAUGGUGAUGAUGAUGUCCACAACGGCGACGCUUCAACCAGCCCUGCAAGCGAUCCUGUCCACCCACCUACUACCACCACUGAAGUCCCAAAAAUCACUAUCACCAGCUCUGACGACGAUGAGGGCAGUGACACCGACACGGUCGCCGCCAGUGAUAUGCAGGAAGACGACGACCGCACCCGCACCCACACCGGCCAAGACUUUGUCGCGGCUACCCACCACAUUCCCAUCGAUGAGAUGUUGGUUCGCGAAUUCGGCAACCGCCAUAUCUGGCUUCAAGUCCACCAGGACGCCGUGACUCAGUGGGCGCUCAAGCGCAAACUCGUCCUCGUCCUCCUCUGCCAGCUGGCCUGCCUGCACAACCACGCGGCCCCGAGGAUCCAGGAGCGCCAGCGUCUCCUCGUCGGCAAGCCGCUGCUCAUGGUCAUCAACCACUUGGCGUGGGUCCGAUACGUUGAUCGCUUCCCCGUCUUCACCGAACGAGUCAUGAAGUACGUCGCGUGGCUCGAGCUGCUGGAGAGCGAGUACGCACGGGGCGUACCGCACUGGGACAUGUUCUGGUCCGCGGUUGAGCGCCGCGUGGCCCCCGACGAGGGCGUCCUCGAGGCGCUCAACCGGCUCAACGACAAGAGGUUGUUCCUCCACGGAAAGAUCCUCCUGGAGGAACACGUCGUCGGGGAUCUCACCUCUGAGAUCGAGAACACUCCAACCUGGAUGGAGUGGGCCGAGGCAGAGGCCGAGGCAGCCGCAGACGAGGAGUAG